CCUGAGGCCUCACACAUGCCUGAUCUAGCCAAGUCUGUUCCUGCUCCCAAGAAGGGCUCUAAGAAAGCGGUGACCAAGACCCAGAAGAAGCGCCGCAAGACCAGGAAGGAGAGUUACUCCAUUUAUGUCUACCAGGUGCUGAAGCAGGCUCACCCCGACACCGGCAUCUCUUCUAAGGCCAUGGGCAUCAUGAACUCCUUCGUCAAUGACAUCUUUGAGUGCAUUGCUGGGGAGGCAUCUCGCUUGACGCAUUAUAACAAGCGCUCCACCAUCACCUCCCAAGAGAUCCAGACCGCCGUGCGCCUGCUGCUGCCCGGGGCGCUGGCCAAACACGCCAUGUCGGAGGGCACCAAGGCUGUGACCAAGUACACCAGCACCAAGUAA